GAUGUCAUUCGGCAUAUUUCCAGUCUUCAGACGAGGGUGAACUUAUUCAGCAGGGCUGCGUUACCGGCAGGUUAAAUAACUAGAUUUUGUGUGUGAUCCUAAUAAUAUCAGUAACAGAAAAACUGGGAACAUCAAUGUGCGGACACAAUACUGCUACAGAAAACAAAAACAAAAGGAUACUUCCCAAGUUUAGAACUACACACCUGUUUACCUGUACAGGGUUAUAGAGGACUGGAGCCAAGACAUCUUACACUUUUGCAUUGUAGUGUUCUUUAAUUCACCUGUCUCAGACGGACUCUGUGUAAUACCCACGUAAGAUUCAUAUCCUGGAGGACUGGUGUAGUGAUGGUUAUUUUAUCUUCUUGUAAUAUGACUGAUGGCGAUCGACUUGCAAAUGCUGCUGCUAGAGGUGAAACUGAAAAGGUAGAAGAGUUACUGAAGGAAGGUGUACACCCCAACACCCUCAAUCGCUUUGGACGGACCCCGUUGCAGUGUAUGAUGAUGGGGAAUGUACAAAUUGCAGAGCUUCUGCUGGCACAUGGCGCUAACCCCAAUAUAAAAGACAGCUAUGACACAUCCCCAGUACACGAUGCCGCCCGAGCAGGAUUCCUGGAAUCUGUGCAGCUUUUAAUUAAGUAUGGUGCAGUAGCUAAUAUUCGAGACUCAUGGAAUAAGCUUCCAGUAGAUUUGGCAAGAGAGGAAGGCCAUCAGGAUGUAGUAGAUUUCCUUAAAUGUUAUUCAUCCUCUUAAAUUUUCUAACCUGAAGGAAACACAGACAAGUUUUCAUCAUUUUUCUGGCUCAUGAAGGUGACAAAUUGUUCGUUUCAUUAUGUAUGAACUGUAUUGAUAGCGGUUUUGCUGUUGUUGUUGUUUUGCAUGCCUUUCAGACUUCAGCUGAAAUACAUCUUCAGUCUAAGAAUGGUCCAUACUAGUUACUGAGAAGUGAUACAAUUAAGUGUCACUGUCAUUUUCAUAAAGAACGUGCCAUAAUGAAUACACUAAAGAAAGAGGAAGUGUUCAAUUCCAUAUCAUGUCUGAUUGGGAUGCACUAUAAAAACACAUCAAAUAGAGAGGAAAAUGUGUAAUCCUCCUGCAAAAUACAUUGUGGCAAAUUUAUAGACAAAAGGAGUAAUAAAAGUUCACCUCCAUCUAUGGUUUAUGACUGUGGAAUCUAUUGAAUCUGUAUGUUUGUUGAGAAAGGGCGACAUGCUAAUAUAAGCCACAUCAGAGCUGAGAUGAGCUAAGCAUCUGAUUAGAUUCUAUGAAAUAUAUUAAAACCUAGGGUCAGGUUAAUACGUUGCUGUACUGCACAACAGUUGUACAUUUGUAGCAUGCACUGACUGCUUUGCUUAGCAGACUGUUUAUUCUGACUGUAACUUCUUAAAUUCACAUGGGUGUUUGAUUGUUUAUAGAGGACAAUGUGUGCUUCCUAGUGUUAAAGCGUGAGCCAUCUAUGGUUUCCCCGCCAGUUUAUUAUUGUACUCUUGGCUGUAUACGCGUGUGUGUGUGUGUGUGUGUGUGUGUGUGUGUGUGUGUGUGUGUGUGUGUGUGUGUGUGUGUGUGUGUAAAACAAAAUGAGAGAGACGCAGAUUAGGAAAGAAACAUGAUGUGCCAAAAAUUGCACAUGUGACUGCAACCCUGCACUGUAAAGGGCCUGUUAGGUAUUACUGGAUAAAGCACUUAGACAAUUUAUGCAAACAAUAAAUAAUGAAUAAGAAAUCAGUGCAUUUACUGUUCCUAUGACUUCUGUGAAGCAGUUUACUUUGCCUGUCCGUUGUAGAGUCCUUCAUCUGUACUACCAAACUACUGAGCAUUUCUAAUAAAAGGAAGCAGAUCUUAUUUAUAUUUGCAGGACAGGUCAGCGAUGGUUUACAGUUCAUUUUUUUCUUACAGCCCAACUGGCAAGAGGAUAAAUGUAUGGUUUAUGUGUUUGAUUGACAGACUGAGAAAUCUAUGCAGGAUAAGGGAUUGGGCUGUACAGCAUAUGUGUUGAAAAAGGAUGUACAACAAUGUAGAUAGCAGACAUUAAGGUAACAGGGUGGAAUUCAUACUCAGGCUACUCAGAAGUGCAACUUACCUGCUCUGGAUUGGUUGCAUGGCUAUGAAUUGCUCCACUAAACAGUUUGAACAACUGCUCACCUGAGAAAGAUACCUGUAAGAAAACACACGAGUAUGUGUGCGCACACACACAAACAUACAAGCAUGUAUACCUGCACAGUCAGACACACACACACACACACACACACACACACACACACACACACACACACACAUACAUGCCUUGCUCAGAGUGUCAUGUGCACCUCUGCACUUUGUGCACUGCUCUGCCUGGGUCUUGCACAGCAUAGUCUUCUGUGAAUAUGAAUUGUGUUGUACUGCAGAAACAUCUGUGCUGAGCAGUGCCCCAUGAUGCGCCACUGAUGUAAGAUGGGGACACCCCCUCACUACCACGUUUGCAUACACCUUCGAAUACACUUCCUGAUAAGUGGGGUGGUCUGUAGGAAAAGGGGAACAUGUGGUCUAGCACACAAAGCCCCCAGCAUGGUUUGUAUACUAUGUAAUCUGUUAUGAAUUCCACCUGAGACUGAAAAUGUGUAAAAGUGUUACAUUUAUUAAGACAGAAGAAGAGAAAAUGUAAAACUACACAGUAAAUUAUUGCUUUCAUUUAAAACACUUUAUAUUAAUGAUGAAAACUAUACUGAACAAUUCAGGGUGUUCUUAAGUGACAAUUAGCAAAACAGCACUAAUGUAUCUAGCAAUUUAUCAUAUUUAUCAUAUUUAUUAAGCAUUGUCAGGAUUUGCCAUUCCAUUUAAGAAAAAAAUUGCCUAUUUUAUUUUUUUUUUUCUUGUUUAUUUGGCUUUGUAAUGCUUCUGAAAAACUGUUGAGACAAUCUGUACUGAUGUCACUUUAUUCUUAAUAAAUUACUGUAUUGUUAUUUAA